CACGGACACGUCAUGAACACAACUGUCACGGAAAGUCUUAAGAGGGACUCUUGUUCCACAGGGCUGCCCGGACAAUGAAGAAUUGGCGUGCCACCCCCUCUCUCGCCCCCCCAGCUGAUGCCAAGGCGGACGGCUGGCCGCCGGCAGAUGAAUAGCAGGUCUGUUCCAGCAGCUGCGCAUCCCGGUCCAGCCAGGAGAGAGUCUCCAGGAGCACAGAGUGCCCCGCUCCGCACGCUCUCUGCAGAGGAAGAGACCUGGGGGCAAAAGGAUGGCCUCGGAAGGGGAGAGCAUCAAUCUUCAAGGCGUGAAUCCUCAUCUCCGGAUCAACGGGCCGAUGAACAUCAACCACUACGCCACGAAGAAAAGCGUGGCGGAGAGCAUGCUGGAUGUGGCGCUCUUCAUGGCCAACGUCACGCAGCUCAAAGCGGUGCUGGAGCAGGGGGCUUCCUUCCAGUACUACGCCACCCUCAUCGUGCUCAUCAGCAUCUCCCUCUUCUUCCAGGUGAUGAUCGGGAUUCUCCUCAUCAUCACUGCUCGUUUGAACCUGAAUGAUGUUGCAAAGCAACCCCGCCUGAAUAUACUCAACAACGCUGCCACAGCUCUCAUCUUCAUCACAGUCAUCCUCAACAUCUUCAUCACAGCCUUUGGGGUGCAGAAGACUGGCCUCUACCCUACCAGGAACUUUCGACCUUAUUAAGUCAUGGGGCAAUGGUGUCAGGAUCUGAGCAGCGUGGCUCCGGGGAAAGCUCUCCUCCUCUACAUUUUUGCUGACCUCAGCAGGAGCCCAUCCAUGAAUCCAGAGAACUGGGCUAAACUUUCAAAACUGUGUGCGUGUCAUGGUAUACCGGCCCCUUACCAUAAUGCUUUUGCAGUUCUGAAGGGGCGAAAACCUUGCCUUUCAAAGCUACAGCAAACUUUGCUAGAGAAAGCUGCAGGAACGAGCAGCAGGUACACAACUUCAAAGCACAGUUCUGUAAAUCUCAUCUCUUCUUUUAGUGGCCUGCUUGCACAUAUUCAGUAUUGGCUCAUUUUGUAGAGAAGCCUGAACGAUUUACUUUGUAGGCUAAAUAAACAAGAAAAGUCCAGUUUGGGUUUUUUUUUUGUCUCAAGCACAAGUUGCUAUACUUAAAGCAAUGCUAUGUGAUACUUUACCUCCCGAAUGUUGGAUUGGAUUUGUCAAACUGAAAAAAAAAAAGUAGUUCUCAUGGGAGGAUUGAAAAGCAUGUAUAUGUCUGUGUAGCUAAAACCAGUUCAAAUGUUUUCCUAGUUGUUUAAAAAUAAAAUUAAAGGCGACACAGUUAAGAAAACAAUCAGGUAUUUCCAGCAUUGGAAAAUUAACAAUGACAGAAAAUGGAUAUUUUGGUCUGAUGUCAUCGCCAGGUGAUUAUCAGGAAUGAUGUCAGAACAGCCUGACAAUAUUUAGUAGAAAAUGAAGAAGCAUUAUACAUAAGGAAACACUCUAGGCUUAUUGCCACAAUGACAAAUGACAGGUGCAUAGUGUAUGACUUUAUUAAAAAAAUCACCAUUAUAAUUUAAGGUCUUUUCACUAACAUAAAUGUUUUUAAAGAUAUCAUUUUUAUAUUGAAAAUUCUGGGAAUUCUCUUGCACUAAACAAUUUGUUUCCUUAAAAAAGUCUUUGAAUUAAUGAUUUUUUGGCUGUUGAAAGAGUAAAACUUUUUGAUUCUAAAUUUUGCAACUCUGUAGUCAUGCUAAAAAAAUGGUAUUUUAAUAGUCUGGUGUAAGCCUAUUUAAAUAAUGACAUGCUUUUCUGAUUAUUAAAUGAUUUUUUCAUUGUAUGGCAGAA